AUGCGCGGACUCAUUGCGACCACGGCCCUGCUCGCAGGCGUGCAGGCGGCCGUUGACCCUAUUGUCAUCAAGGGGCAAAAGUUCUUCAUGAAGAACAGUGGUGAACAAUUUUUCAUGAAGGGUGUUGCUUAUCAACAGGAAGUAAACUCCAACACCACAGCCACUUCGACCGAUGCUCUCAAGAUCACGGACCCCCUCGCCGAUUCGGCAGCAUGCAAGCGCGAUAUCGCUAUGCUCAAGAAGCUCAACACCAACACCAUCCGUGUCUAUGCUAUUGACCCCAAGAAGGACCACACCGACUGCAUGACCCAGCUCGCAGAUGCCGGCAUCUACGUCGUUGCUGACCUGUCCGAGCCUGGACUGUCCAUCAACCGUGACGACCCCGGCUGGACUGUCGACCUCUACAACCGCUACACCAGCGUUGUUGAUGAGAUGAUGAAGUUCGACAACACCCUUGGUUUCUUCGCCGGUAACGAGGUUAGCAACCAGCCCAACAACACCGUUGCCAGCGCAUUCGUCAAGGCCGCUGUCCGUGACACCAAGGCCUACAUCAAGAGCAAGAACUACCGUGAGAUUGGUGUUGGUUAUGCCACCAACGACGACGCCGAGAUCCGUGAGAACAUGGCCAACUACUUCGACUGCGGUGACAAAGACAGCGCCAUCGACUUCUGGGGUUACAACAUCUACUCCUGGUGCGGUGACUCUUCCUUCACCAAGUCCGGCUAUGACGUUCAGACCAAGAACUUUGAAAAGUACAACGUCCCCGUCUUCUUCGCUGAAUACGGUUGCAACACCCCUCGCCCCCGUCUGUUCACCGAGGUCAAGUCUCUCUAUGGCAAGGACAUGGUUGACACCUGGUCUGGCGGUAUCGUGUACAUGUACUUUGAGGAGGAGAACCAGUUUGGUCUCGUUUCCAUCAAGGAUGGCAAGGCUGUGCCCAACGACGAUUUCGACAACCUGUCUUCGCAGAUUGCCAAGGCUACCCCCGUUGGUGUCAAGAUGGCUGACUAUAACCCUACCAACACCGCUGCUGCCUCGUGCCCCAAGGUCACCCCCGCAAAGUGGGAGGCCGAGUCCGACCCUCUCCCCCCUCCUGCCAACGCCAACCUCUGCUCAUGCAUGAUGGAGACCCUCUCAUGUGUCGUCGACGAGAAGACUGAUGAGGAGGACUACGGUGACAUCUUCGGCUUCGUCUGCGGCUUGAAGGACGGCCAGUACUGUGCAGGCAUCAACAAGAACGCCACAUCUGGUCCCUAUGGUGUCUACGGUAUGUGCUCCAACCGUGAGCAGCUCUCUUUCGCUGUCAACGCCUACGCCAAGAAGAACAGCGGCGGCUGCAACUUCAAGGGCAAGGCCACCACCCAGUCUGCCAACCCUAGCCCCACUGCCUCCGGCUGUGAUUCGCUUCUCAAGGAGGCUGGUGUUGCUGGCACUGGCUCCGUCGCUGGCGGUGCCGCUGCUGCUGCCUCCAGCACUAGCUCCGCAGGCGCUGGCUCCGGCUCCGGCUCCACUGGCGCCGCUUCUGCCCUCUCCACUGACGGUGUCUUUGGUCUCGGUCUCUACAUGCUUGGUGCCGUUGCUUCAGGCAUGGCUAUGAUCCUGUUGUAG